AUGCCCAAGAACAAGGGAAAGGGAGGUAAGAACCGUCGUCGCGGAAAGAACGAGAACGAUAACGAGAAGCGCGAACUCGUCUUCAAGGAGGAUGGACAAGAGUACGCCCAGGUCGUCAAGAUGCUCGGCAACGGUCGUCUGGAGGCUCUGUGCUUCGACGGCGAGAAGCGUCUAGCCCACAUUCGUGGCAAGCUCCGCAAGAAGGUCUGGAUCAACCAGGGCGAUAUUAUCCUGCUCUCGCUCCGUGACUACCAGGACGAGAAGGGCGAUGUUAUCAUGAAGUACACCGCCGACGAGGCCCGUAGUCUGAAGGCCUACGGUGAGCUGCCCGAGCACGCCAAGAUCAACGAGACCGACACCUUCGGCAACGAGGGCUUCGAGGACAACGUCGAGUUCGACGAGGACCGCGAGAGCGAGGAGGAGAAGGAAAUCGACGUCGACGAGCUCUAA